CACCUGAGUCAGUCGCGAGCUAUAAUGGACGCCAGUCCAUCGCCGUUUCCAGAGCCAAUUUUAGAGGCGCCGUGGCUUGGCUGGCUUCGCUCCAUUCCCCCGUCGCCCACCGCCCACACUGGUCGGUCCUCGUAGUUCUGCAGCAUCAUGUCGCGUCUGUUGUGGCUGCUCGCAGCCUUUUCUCCUCUUGCUUCAGCCACCUGCUCGUCUUGUGACGUGCCCACAGCUUCAGCCUUAACUUUCUGCUCGUCCUUCAUCACGUACUCGGCCUGUCGCUCCGGAGGCUCAUGGACUGACAUGGAUGCUACUGCCGAGGAGCAGUACGAGAAGAUCGUUAAUGACUCGACCAUAAGCAGCAGCUGCGAGACGGCUUUGAAGCGGACCCAGUGCAUGGCAGUCUUCAAUGUGUGCGAGAUGGGGACCCCUGAGACUUUAUGUCUGGAUAGCUGUACGGAGGCUAUCGAGACGUACUGCAUCGCCACUUCAUCAACCUUAACACCCUUAGCCUGUGGAGACGAUGACAGUCCCGUAACAGGCAUCAGUGACGAAGCAAAGUGCUUCGAUACGGACUAUGACGGCCCCGAAAAAGCCAUUUGGGUCAUUGGGUUCACUAUCGCUGUGGUAUUUUCAUUCCUGGCCAGUGUCGGUAUCAAUUUGCAAAAGAAAGCUUUGAAGCAGAACGAACUGAUGGCUGAGCCCAAGCCGGCGUAUCGAUUGCCGCUGUGGAUGUUAGGCUUUAUCCUGUGUGUGGUGGGGUCAGUACUGGACUUUGUGGCAUUCGGCCUUGCACCUCAGAGCUUAUUGGCUCCGUUAGCAGCUCUCACUCUUGUGUGGAAUAUGAUGCUCGCUCCAUGUUUCAACAAGGAGAAAUUGAGCAGGAAAGAUAUCGUCUCGACGUUGGUAAUUUUUGUGGGUGCUACAAUCGCCGUCGUCUUUGCGUCACACACGUCGCCGUCCUACAACUUGGACAUGCUCAUGCAACUUUACAGAGAUCCACUCACUAUCGUCUACUUCUGUGUCGUGUUCUUGACUAUCGUUGCUCAUUAUGCAGCUAUAAAAAUCGUCGAUAUGUUUUGCUUAAUGAGCAAACGACAUCGAAUUAUUCAAGUGGGGACACCAGCCAUGUGGUCAACAAUCCGUCUCGUCGGGUAUGCUGGUCUCGCAGGAACGUUAGGCGGUCAGUCGGUUCUAUUUGCCAAAUCGACCGCAGAGCUGCUCAAGGGCGUUUUUAACGGAGAUGCCAGUUGCUUCGUGCAUUAUCAGACGUAUCUCAUUGCGCUGGCGCUGGCAGUGUGUCUGGUUCUUCAGAUCAAAUAUCUAAAUGGAGGACUCGUCCACUACGACGCACUGUCGAUGGUUCCAGUGUAUCAGGCCUAUUGGGUCAUUAGCGGAGUGCUCGGUGGCGUCAUUUAUUUCCAAGAGAUCCGCACGUUUUCAGUCUUACAGGCUGUCAUGUUCGUACUGGGAAUCGGUAUCAGUAUCUUCGGUGUUGUGCUUCUAUCACGUCGUAAACACGCACCGUCCACGGUAUCUACCAAGGGCAAAGUGGAACGAGGUUUCAGCUUCACAGCCUCGUCGGAUACGAAACUAGAACCUCCUAAAAGCUCAGAUUCACGCUUAACUCGCGUUCCAGAAGGCGCAUCUACGGAUGCUGUUGAGGUGGAGGAGACUGAAACAUCCAGAUCUGAUAGUACGAGUACCGGUCGAGAGUUGCUCUCAUCCAUUCUGGAAGCGCUAAACGAAGAAAGUGCAACGGAAGAAUCGGACGACGACAGCAACGGCCGACGUAGUGAAAAUGAGUCGUCGGGGCAUGUGAAUCGCCAGGCAAUCGACAACUAUCUGGAUAUGUACACGACUGUGGGGCUAUCGGAGAUUCUAGGUGGUCUUGGGUUCCCUCGAUCGCAGGAUAGUGGGCUGCUUGGUCGACGCAUGUCGAGUCGGUGAGUACUUGCGGUUUGAUACAUGUUGAACGUGUUUUAAACCUUUUUUUUUUUUUUAAUGAUUUAACAGACACUCACGACGACGUACACGACGCAGUGUGGACGACAUUGAAGUGGGAUUACCAGCAGCUACACGCGAAGCCAUCCCACGUAAUCCACUGCCCAAGCGCCGUUCGAUCACGUUCUCAAGUUUUAGCAGAUCUUCAUCAACCAAGAAACAUGAAGACAAGAAAGAUGAUAGCAAGGAUUUGGUUUAAAGCCUCCUGCUUCAAAGCUAAAACACUCUAGAUUAUUCACAAUAGUUGGUUAUUUGACGUAUCGUGGAUCGUGACAA